AUGGAGACUUGGUGGCCGCAAUGCGGGCUUCAUCUCGCGCUGCUUCUAACUGCGCUGAUCCUCUAUCGCGCUAUCUCAUCACGGCGUUAUGGUCUCCGACCCCUCCCGCUCCCUCCGGGGCCGCGGGUGCUGCCGUUCGUCGGCAACAUCUUCUACACGAGAGACAUGACGCACCGAGGCCUGGCACGGCUGUCCGCGCGCUACGGCGGUCUCCUUCACCUCCGCGUUGGCCGCCUGAGCACCGUGGUCGUGUCGACGCCGGAGAUGGCCCGUCUGGUGCUCCAGGUGAACGACCGCGCCUUCGCCAACCGCCCCGCCAGCGCGCCCAUAGCCUACCUCACCUACGGCCGCGCGGACAUGGUGUUCGCGCAGUACGGGCCCUUCUGGCGCGAGAUGCGGAAGCUGUGCGUCCACAAGCUCUUCAGCCACCGUCGGGCCAAGUCGUGGGCCGCCGUCCACGACGAGGUCAACGACCUGAUCCGCCACGUUGCCAGGUACACUGGCUCCGUCGUCAAUCUCGGCGAGCUCGUGUUCAACAUGUCGAUGAACAUCACGCUCCGGGCAGCGCUGGGCAUGCGGAACGAGGGUGAGGACGCUGCCGAGUUCGUGGCCAUAGUGCAGGAAUUCGCCGAGCUGUUCGCGGUGUCCAACUCCACCCUUGCGGACUACGUGCCAUGGGUGGCGCGGCUGGAUUUGCAUGGGAUCAACAGGAGGAUGGUGGCGGCACGGGCUGCGCUGGACCGGUUCAUCGACCGUGCCAUCGACGAGCACCUCGCGCACCCGAAGCCGGUCGAUGCCGCGGACGCCGACAUGGUGGACGGCAUGCUGGCUUUCCUCGUGGACAUGCCCGGGUCUGCCGACAGGGUGAGCACCGACUCCAGUGCUCAUGGUCAUGGGUCGACGCUUCGUCUCACCAGGGACAACAUCAAGGCCACCAUUAUGGAUGUGAUGAUCGGUGGGACAGGACCAGUAGCGAUGAUAAUUGAGUGGUUAAUGUCGGAGCUGCUGAGGGACCCGGAGGAAAUGAAGCGGGUGCAGAACGAGCUGGCCGUGGUGGUUGGGCUGCACCGCCAGGUCGCGGCGGGCGACCUGGGCGAGCUCCCUUACCUGAGGUGCGCGGUGAAGGAGACCCUCCGCGUGCACCCGCCCGGCCCGCUCCUCCAGCACGAGGCCGCCGAGGACUGCGACGUCGCCGGCUGGCGCAUCCCCAAGAACACCCGCGUCCUGAUCAACGUGUGGGCGAUCGGGCGAGACGCCGAGGCCUGGAAGGACGCCGGGGCGUUCAGGCCGUCCCGGUUCGACGCGGGCGGGGACGAGGCAGAGACGGACUACCGGGGCGGCCACUUCCACCUCCUGCCGUUCGGCGCGGGGCGGAGGUCGUGCCCCGCCAUGCAGCUCGGAAUGCACGCGGUGGAAAUGGCGCUGGCGCGGCUGCUGCAUGGCUUCGAGUGGAGCCUGCCGAGCGGGAUGGCGCCGGGGGACCUUGACAUGGAAGAGGCAUACGGCGCCACCGCUCCACGGGCCGUGCGGUUGUGCGCAGUGCCGCUGCCCCGUCUUAGCUGCCCAGUGGUCUAG